AUGAAACUAGUACACUUCUUGAUGAAGCUGCGCAAUGAGCAAGUAACUGUGGAAUUGAAAAAUGGGACCACGGUCUGGGGCACUUUACAGACUGUGUCUCCGCAGAUGAAUGCGACACUUACAGACGUGAAGCUAUCACUACCCAAUAAAAGCGGGAACUGCGCCGCGGCAGGUGUGUUUUUGAGCGGAGGGCAGCAUAAUGCAGAACAAAAAACCACAGCGCUGCAGUAUAUCAAUAUCCGGGGAAAUACUAUUCGACAGAUUAUCCUGCCAGAUGCACUGAACUUAGACUCACUGCUGGUGGACGAAAGACAUCUGCAAAGAAUGAGACACUCAGGGAAGCUUGCAGACGAUUCUGGGCGCAAGAGACGAAUGGACACAAACGGUGGACCUGCCAAACGUGCCAGACGAGCACUGUGA